GGGCCCUGCUUCCGCUUUCCUGUGCGGCUCGCGCUCCGCUCUCAGCCGACUCGCGGUCAUGGCGGCCACGGCCACGAUGGCGACCUCGGGCUCUGCGCGGAAGCGGCUGCUCAAAGAGGAGGACAUGACCAAGGUGGAAUUCGAGACCAGCGAGGAGGUGGACGUGACGCCCACGUUCGACACCAUGGGCCUGCGGGAGGACCUGCUGCGCGGCAUCUACGCCUACGGUUUUGAAAAACCAUCAGCCAUCCAGCAGCGAGCCAUCAAGCAGAUAAUUAAAGGGAGAGACGUCAUCGCUCAGUCUCAGUCCGGCACGGGCAAGACGGCCACCUUCAGCAUCUCUGUCCUCCAGUGCUUGGAUAUUCAGGUUCGUGAAACGCAGGCUUUGAUCUUGGCUCCAACGAGAGAGUUAGCUGUACAGAUCCAGAAGGGACUGCUUGCCCUGGGCGACUACAUGAACGUCCAGUGCCACGCCUGCAUUGGCGGCACCAACGUGGGGGAGGACAUCAGGAAGCUGGACUACGGGCAGCACGUGGUCGCCGGCACCCCCGGGCGUGUCUUCGACAUGAUUCGGCGCAGAAGCCUGAGGACACGCGCUAUCAAGAUGUUGGUUUUGGACGAGGCCGAUGAGAUGUUGAAUAAAGGUUUCAAAGAGCAGAUCUACGACGUGUACAGGUACCUGCCCCCGGCCACACAGGUGGUGCUCAUCAGCGCCACGCUGCCCCACGAGAUCCUGGAGAUGACCAACAAGUUCAUGACCGACCCCAUCCGCAUCCUGGUGAAGCGUGAUGAACUGACCCUCGAAGGCAUCAAGCAGUUUUUUGUGGCAGUGGAAAGGGAAGAGUGGAAAUUCGACACCCUGUGUGACCUCUAUGACACGCUAACCAUCACUCAGGCUGUCAUCUUCUGCAACACCAAACGGAAGGUCGACUGGCUGACAGAGAAGAUGAGGGAAGCCAACUUCACGGUCUCGUCCAUGCACGGGGACAUGCCACAGAAGGAGCGCGAGUCCAUCAUGAAGGAGUUCCGCUCCGGCGCCAGCCGCGUGCUCAUCUCCACAGACGUCUGGGCCAGGGGCUUGGACGUCCCUCAGGUGUCCCUCAUCAUCAACUACGACCUGCCCAAUAACAGAGAGCUGUACAUACACAGAAUCGGGCGCUCGGGCCGCUACGGCCGGAAGGGGGUGGCCAUCAACUUUGUGAAGAAUGACGACAUCCGUAUCCUGAGAGACAUCGAGCAGUACUAUUCCACCCAGAUCGACGAGAUGCCCAUGAACGUGGCCGACCUGAUCUGAGGAACCCGCCGCGCCGACCCGCUGAUGCCCGCCUGCCCCGUGCUCCCUGGGAAGUGCUGGGGGGCGGUUUCCGGGUGACAGGGUUUGCGUGAGCUCGGCCGCAGUCCCCACGACGGGCCACUUUUCUUACCCAUGUGUAAAUAAUGCUUGGAGUUUUUUUCAUUAAAUGUUUAAAACUUUUCCCAUAAA